AUGACAGACAUACUAGAGCGAUUGGUACCCCAACAAGGCCAGGGAAUUGGACAACUGAACCAACUUGGAAACCAAGAAAUAGGGGAGGAUAGGGCUUUAGAGAGAUUUCAAAAGUUUUUUCCUCCUAAAUUUUCUGGGGGUCCUGACCCCGAUAUAGCUGAGAAUUGGUUGGAGAAUAUAAGGAAUAUAUUUGAUGCACUAGAUUAUUCCGAGGAGAGAGAAGUAAACUUUGCUGUGUUCCAACUUGAAGGACCGGCUCGAGCAUGGUGGAAUGUUAUAAGAAAUAAGUGGGAAAGGGAACAAACUCCGAGAACUUGGAUGAAUUUUGUCCUAGAAUUUAAUGAAGAAUUCCUUCCACCACUAGUCCAAGAAAAAAGAGAGGAUGAUUUUAUAAAACUUCGCCAAGGAACUUCAAGUGUGGCAGAAUAUGAAACUGAGUUCACGAAGCUGUCUAGGUUUGCCCCGGAAUUGGUAAUUACAGAGCGAAAGAGAAUAAGGCGGUUUAUUCAGGGCCUCAAUCUAGAAAUUCAAGAUGGCCUCGCAGCGGCCCAAAUCGAAACGUUUAGUGAUGCCCUUGAGAAAGCCCAAAGGGUUCAGAUUUCAAAAGUCAAAUUGAGAGUUUUUCAAGUACGGAAAAGAGAUGCACCUAGUAGUAGUCACCCUGAGGCAUCUAGAAACACUGUACCACCACCGAAAGUUGGAAAAUGA